GUCAUACAGCUUACCUAUGGACCCUUCCAUCCAAUCCUAAGUGAUCAUGAAAAAUUUCCCUAUCUAUAUCAAAUGGCCCCCAAGCACACAUCUCUAACCUUGGCCAUGGCCUCUGUCAUAGUUCACUUCAGAUGGAACUGGGUAGGCUUGGUCAUCUCAGACGAUGAUCAGGGUACCCAAUUUCUCUCAUAUUUGAGAAGAGAGUUGGAAAAAAAUACAGUCUGCUUUGCCUUUGUAAAUAUGAUUCCAAUCAACAUGCAGUUAUACAUGUCAAGAGCUGAAUUGUAUUAUAACCAAAUCAAGGAAUCAUCCACAAAUGUUGUUAUCAUUUAUGGAGACUCAGACAGUACUCUUGCUGUGAGCUUUCAAUUGUGGGCAUCCCAGGGUUUACAGAGAAUAUGGGUCAUCACCUCACAGUGGGAUGUGACUACAAGUAAAAGAGACUUCAUGCUUGACUCAUCACAUAUAACUCUAGCCUUUGCACACCAUCAUGGUGAAAUAUCCGGGUUUAAAAAUUUUGUCCAGAAAAUGAAUUCUAUCAAAUACACAGAAGAAUACCUUGCAAGGCUGGAGUGGAUGAACUUUAAAUGUGAAGCUUCCACAUCUAACUGUAAAGCACUGAUGAACGACUCAUUGAAUAACUCCAUGGAAAGGCUAGUGGUACAGACUUUUGACAUGUCCUUUAGUGAUGGUAUUUAUGACAUCUACAAUGCUGUGUAUGCUCUGGCCCAUGCACUACAUGCGAUGUUUCUUCAACAAGUAGAAAAUCCUACCAUGGUCGAUGGGAAAGGACAUGUUUCUCGCUGCUUGAAGGUGAAUGCAUUUCUGAAGAAGACCCAAUUCACAAAUCCUGUUGGGGACAGAGUGAAUUUGAACCCAAAAGAAGAACUUCAGGAAGAGUAUGACAUUUUCCAGAUUUGGAAUUUCCCACAUGGCCUUAGAUUUAAGGUGAAGAUAGGACAGUAUAGACCAUAUCUUACAGAAGAUCAGCAGCUCCAUGUAUAUGAAGACAUGAUAGAAUGGGCCACAGGAAAUAGACAGACAAUGAAUCCUAUAAAAUACACAGAUGAGUACCUUGCAACGAUGGAUUGGAUGAGCUUCAACUGUGCAGCCUCCACAUCCAACUAUAAGACACUAAUGAAUAACUCCAUGGAAUGGCUAGUGGUACAGACUUUCGACAUGUCCUUUAGUGAUGGCCUUUAUGACAUAUACAAUGCUGUGUAUGCUCUGGCCCAUGCACUGAAUGAAAUGGUUAUUCAACAAGUAGAUACUCAGUCAAUGGACAAUUGGAAAGGACAAAAUAGAUCGCAUGCACUACAUGCGAUGUUUCUUCAACAAGUAGAAAAUCCGUCCAUGGACAAUGGGCAAGGACAUGGUUCUCACUGCUUGAAG